AUGUUCAAGCAAUCCAUACGAAGACUAGCUACUGAAGCCAAAACACAGCUGGCACCCGUGUCUCAGGCACCCUCGUCGUUGCAUGUUGCUCCACCACCGAAAUACACACUUGCCCAAUUACGAACAUUUCCAAGCCUUGAACCAACCACAUUUGUCCCUCUUCCCACAUCGUUCUUCAAUACUCAUUCACCAACAAGGCGAGACUUGUUAUGGAGUGCUGCCGUUUUUGAAGCAGAUCGUGCCCGUGUUGGAUCCAACUAUGUGACGUUGAAGUCGGAUUCCCCAUAUUCGAAUCGGAAAUUGCGUCCGCAAAAGGGAUCCGGUAGAGCUCGUUUGGGUGAUGCCAACUCACCACAUAUGGAUAACGAAAUCAAGGCUCAUGCAAUCAAAGGUCCACAUGACUGGAGCACCGACUUGCCAGCCAAGAUAUACUCCAAAGCAGUACAAACUGCUUUGACAUCACAAUAUAAACUGGGACACUUGUUUGUUAUCGACAAGGAAUGCGAUUUCGCCCAAGGAAGUGCUGAAAUUACGCAGAGCUUUGUAUCGAGUCAUAAGUUGAACCAAUUGAAUAUAUUGUUUAUCACAGAGGAGGAUAGAAACAAAUUGAGUUCAAGUUUGGAUCAGUUCUUUUUAAAUGACAGAGAAUUGAAGAAAAUGAGCAGAAAAGAGAGAGCCAAGGCUGUUGCCAAGGUUAAAGGCAAGGUUAUCAAGAAGGAAGAUGUUGAAGUUAGGGACAUUUUGAAAGCUAAUCGGGUUUUCGUUGAAUUAUCGGCGUUGCAAUGGCUCAUAAGCAAAUAUAGUGUAUGA